CUGACACUCGAAAAGAAGCUUCUUGCACUAAUGCAAAAUCACAUUUCCACUUCUCUCUAAGAAAUUUAGAUAUAUGAAAAGCUUAAUAUAUAUUCUUUUAGCCAUUCUGUGAAUACCAAAAUCUUCCUCGUGUCUACCUAGCAAAUUUUCUUCUGUUUUGCUUUUUUAUAGCCAUUCACCUUUCUGAUUGAGCCCUUGUAACUCCAGAAAGAUUCAGUUUUUGUGAAGAGUAGAUGGAGAUUGAUAAAGCAAUUAGAGAAUGUGAGGACAGUAGAUUGAAGACAAAGUAUAGUAAUGCCAUCUACGUUAUUAAAAGAGCGCUCGCUCUGUAUUCUAUACAAGAGGUUGCAUUGAGCUUCAAUGGAGGGAAAGAUUCUACUGUUUUGCUUCACCUACUGAGAGCAGGCUAUUUUUUGCAUAGAGCUGAAGAAAGUUGUUCAAAAGAUGUUGUUGAUGGUGAAAACACAUUUCCAAUCCGGACAAUAUAUUUUGAGAGCGCGUCUGCUUUCCCUGAAAUCAAUUCAUUCACUUAUGAAACUGCAGCCACUUACAAUUUGCAAAUGGAUAUUAUUCGCCUUGACUUCAAAUCAGGUUUGGAGGCUCUGCUUAAGGCUAAUCCAAUUAGAGCUAUUUUUCUUGGUGUCCGAAUUGGUGAUCCUACUGCGGUAGGCCAGGAGCAAUUCUCGCCCAGUUCACCUGGGUGGCCAGCUUUCAUGAGGGUGAAUCCAAUUUUGGAUUGGUCAUACAGAGAUGUAUGGGCCUUCCUUUUGGUAUGCAAGGUUCGGUACUGCAGCCUUUAUGAUCAGGGGUAUACUUCAAUAGGGAGCAUUCAUGACACUGUUCCUAAUGCACUAUUGUGCAUCAGUAACAGCAACAACAGUGAAGAAAAGUUUAAACCAGCUUAUUUACUUCCUGAUGGAAGGCUGGAAAGAGCUGGAAGGGCAAAGAACCAAUUAUCUUCCAUUAGCAAUGGAUUCAAGGAUUUGAAUUCCGAUUGUGUGCUUACUGCUUCAGUCAUAGCUGUGGGUGAUGAAAUUUUGUUUGGCACUGUAGAGGACAAGUUGAGGUCUUUUUUGUGUAGAAAGCUCCAUUCCAUUGGUUGGGCGGUAUCGCUGCUUGCUGUGACUCGAAAUGACAUAGAUUCUGUGGCCGAGGAAGUUGAGAGGCGGAAGUCCACAGAUGACAUGGUAUUUAUAUAUGGUGGGGUGGGUCCAUUGCAUUCGGAUGUCACGGUAGCAGGAGUUGCAAAAGCUUUAGGUGUUCGCUUGGCUCCUGAUGAAGAAUUUGAAGAACAUCUAAGGCACCUGAUUGGUGAGAAAUGCACCGGUGACAAGAACGAGAUGGCACAGUUGCCUGAGGGUAUUACAGAAUUAUUGCAUCAUGAACAGCUGCCUGUGCCUUUGAUAAAAUGCGGUAACGUGAUCAUCCUCACUGCAACAAAUGUUGCUGAGUUGGACUUGCAAUGGGAUUGUCUGAUUGAAUCAGCAAAAUCUAACGGUGACCUGGUAUUGAUGGCACCAUUUGUUUCAAAAAGCUUGGCAACAACUCUUUCCGAUGUGGAAAUUGCUCAACCUCUGUCAAAGCUUUGCCUUCAAUAUCCUGAUAUGAACAUUGGAGGUUAUCGGGGAUCAAGAAAAGGACCUCUUAUAAUUAGAUUUGAAGGAAAGGAUCCGACAAGAAUAGAAGCAGCUUCUCAAUCAAUGUGCCAGAAUUUUUAUUCUGGUGCAUUCUCUCAAAUUGAGUGACCAUGGAACUUCCACACUCCUGAAGGCGAUAAAUGCAACCGCCAAAGGGAAAGGGUUCAAUAUUCCAUGUACAAUUGAGGAGAACGGACAUGACAAAGAAAGCAGGAGCGACAUUUCAAUAUUCAGUACAAUGUGACUCUAUUGUGUUUAUUGGAGGAAUCACCAUAUCAAGACACAGUUAGAAGCACAUCUUUUUUCUGGCAAGUAGUAGGGUCGGCAGAUACAGGCUUCUCUUUUGUUAAUAAGCGGAUUUCCCCCUUAGGCUUAUUGAAACCUUUGAGAUCUUAAUUGCAGCUGUAUUCAGACACAAUAGUUCUUAUAUUUCGAUUUUUUGUUGGUAUUGUUAACGGCAACAUAUACGUUUUAUCGAGUGGAGAUUUAUAGCCCUAGCAGCAUCUUGGUUGAAAUGAAAAGAUGGCAAAUUUUGACUUUUCUCUGGACAGAGAUUGCUACCUGCUUGUGAAAGGGAGACUUGAGGGUCUUUGCUCAUUUGUAAAAAGGGAAAAAUGCCAAAUUUAACUCUGUUGAAAAUAGUCUACAUUUACCCUCUCUUA